CUAUUUACUCUGUAUUACCCCCCAGAAAACAGUUUCCAGUCGAAGCUCCUGAAUCAAUCCUCCCAUAUUUUCGAAGCUCGCUGACGCGCGAUUCUCGCCGGUCAUCCGCUAUGAAGCUUUCUUUCACACUUCCAUCAAAGCCGUCUUCAAACGCUAAGAAACCCUCUCAGGCCAUCAUUUCCGACGACUCGGAAGCUGCUGCGUCCUCCGUCAAAGAGUACGUUACCGAGUACGACUCAUCGAAAGCUCCGGCAGGACCCGGAUCUGUUUCAGAUUUUGUGAUCCCUCCGAUUGCCAACGAAUGGGAGCCUCGCAAGCGGAUGAAGAAUCUCGACCUCCCUUCAAUCAGAUCUUCAGACGAUCAGCCGUUACUGUUCGAGGUACACACCGGUUCCUCCGUUGAACCUUCGCCUGGCUCUAUUUCUUACGGAUUGAAUAUCCGGCAGUCGGUCGGAAAAAGUGACGACGAUGUGAAUACGGAUAAAUCGCAAGACCCUAACCCUAAUCCUGACCCCAUGUUACGAAAACUUAAAGAUGAUUUGAAGAGGCUUCCGGAUGAUAAUGAUAUGGAUGUGUAUGCCGCUAUGCCGGUAGAGAACUUUGCGGCUGCUCUGCUCAAGGGGUAUGGUUGGUAUGAAGGCAGAGGUGUUGGCCGGAAUGCAAAGGAGGAUGUAAAAGUGGUGGAAUUCAAAAGAUGGUCUGCAAAGGAAGGGAUUGGUUUUGCUGCUGCAUUACCAAAGACCGAUCAGGGUAAAGCCGUGCACAAGAAUGAUAGUGAUGAAAAGAGUGAUGGAAAAACCUCAAACGGGAAGGAAGCAAGGGGAGGAAAAGAAGGUGAAGGAAUGUUCGUGGGCAAGCACGUGAGGGUAGUCGGAGGUAGGGAAAUUGGGAUGAAGGGAAAGGUUGUGAAGGUCAGAAGUAGUGGAAAUGUGAUCGUAAGGCUUUCUAGUGAUGACAGAGAGGUGAUUGUUCAAGCAUGUGAUGUUGCGGACUUGGGUUCUGUAGAAGAUGAUAAAUGUAUGAGGAAGUUGAAAGAGUUGAAGAUUAAAGACAGCGAUAAAGAUUCAUCAAGGGUUAGACAUCACAGAGAACGUAGGGAUGAAGUAAUGAGGGAUAGCGAAGGCAGGGAGGAAAGAACACUUGACAGGAGAAAUAGCAGACAUGCUAGAGAUGAUUCAAAUGCAAAGGCAGCUGAUCAGAUUUCUUGGCUGGCCAGCCAUAUAAGAGUUAGGAUUAUUAGUAAGUAUUUGAAACGGGGGAAAUUAUAUUUGAAGAAAGGAAAAGUGGUGGAUGUGGUCGGGCCAUCAACUUGCGAUAUAUCAAUGGACGAGAGUCAGGAAUUGAUCCAAGGUGUGAAUCAGGACCAGCUUGAAACGGCACUGCCUAAGCGUGGAGGCCCUGUCCUUGUUUUGUAUGGAAGGCAUAAGGGCGUGUUUGGAAGCCUUCUUGAAAGAGACAGUGAGAAGGAGACCGGUGUUGUGCGAAACGCGGAUACACAUGAGUUGCUUAACGUGCGGCUUGAGCAAAUUGCAGAAUAUAUUGGAGAUCCUAGCGAUAUUGGGUACUGAAAAAUACUUGCAAAUGCUGCUUUCGUUGACGGAUUGAGGGAGGCAUUGAAGCUAAAGGAUCCUACUGGGUUGUUGUUGACAACAUAGAAAGGGUAGGAUGGUUGAAGAUUGUUCCAUCUGUCACAGAAUGCACGAUUGUGGCUCCCAGAAGGAGACGGGUGCUCGCUAGGGAGGAAUUGAAUCACCCGGUUGAUAUAGUAGACCCCAUCUAGCGGGAAAAGGAAAAGCCACAGUUUGUGUUAUGUUUGGAACGACUUAGUCCGGGGAGAAAAGCUUGCAUCCAUAUAGGCAUUGCCUUGUCUUCUCCUCUACUGCUAGCUCAAGGCAUCCACAUUAGGACCACACUUUCCUUCACGGAGACACGAGUUCAUUGACAAGAGACUUUCUUGUACCGAGUGUGCCCUGAACCU